GAGGAGCCUCGCGCAUGUGCACAGCUGGCGCCCCCCGCCCCCCGCACACAGCUGGGCCGCGGGCCGGGGGGCGGGCGCAGUCGGAGCCGGCCGUGGACGCGCCGGGUCCUGCGCGGUUCCCCGUGCGAACGUCCUCCGCCCGUGCGCGCCGUGGCCAUGGCCGUGCGCCCCGCGGGCCCCGCGCGCCGCUGUCUGCUGGCGCUCGCGCUGUGCUGCGGCUGGGGCGCGCUGGCCGCCGUCUCCCCGAAGCCGAGCGCCGGGUGCCCGAGCCGCUGCCUGUGCUUCCGCACCACCGUGCGCUGCAUGCAUCUGCUGCUGGAGGCCGUGCCCGCCGUGGCGCCGCAGACCUCCAUCCUGGAUCUCCGCUUUAACAGAAUCCGGGAGAUUCAGCCCGGCACGUUCCGGAGGCUGCGCAACUUGAAUACGUUGCUUCUGAACAAUAACCAGAUCAAGAGUCUACCUGGUGGAGCAUUUGAAGACUUGGAGAACUUAAAGUAUCUCUAUUUGUACAAGAAUGAGAUCCAGGCAGUUGACAGGCAGGCGUUUAAGGGACUUGCCUCUCUAGAGCAACUAUACCUGCACUUCAAUCAGAUAGAAACUUUGGACCCAGAGUCAUUUCAGCAUUUGCCGAAGCUGGAAAGGCUAUUUCUGCAUAACAACCGAAUCACGCACUUGGUUCCAGGAACAUUUAAUCACUUGGAAUCUAUGAAAAGACUGCGAUUAGACUCCAACUCACUUCACUGUGACUGUGAAAUCCUGUGGCUGGCGGAUUUGCUGAAAACCUAUGCCGAGUCGGGGAACGCGCAGGCCGCAGCCACCUGUGAGCAUCCUCUGCGCAUCCAGGGGCGCUCCGUGGCAACGAUCACGCCAGAGGAGCUGGACUGUGAAAGGCCCCGGAUCACGUCUGAGCCCCAGGAUGCAGACGUCACCUUGGGGAACACCGUGUUCUUCACCUGCAGAGCCGAAGGUAACCCCAAACCCGAGAUCAUCUGGCUUCGGAACAACAACGAGCUGAGCAUGAAGACAGAUUCCCGCUUGAACUUGCUGGACGACGGAACCCUCAUGAUCCGGAACACGCAGGAGACGGACCAGGGCAUUUACCAGUGCAUGGCGAAGAAUGUGGCCGGGGAGGUGAAGACACAAGAGGUGACCCUCAGGUACUUUGGGUCUCCAGCCCGGCCCGCUUUUGUGAUCCAGCCCCAGAACACGGAGGUGCUGGUCGGGGAGAGCGUCACACUGGAGUGCAGCGCCACGGGCCACCCCCCGCCCCAGAUCACCUGGACAAAAGGGGACCGGACACCCGUGCCUGUGGACCCACGCGUGCGCAUCACGGCCUCCGGCGGCCUGUACAUCCAGAAUGUCGUGCAGGAGGACAGCGGGGAGUAUGCGUGCUUUGCGUCCAACGGCAUCGACAGCAUCCACGCCACGGCCUUCAUCAUCGUCCAAGCUCUCCCUCGGUUCACUGUGACGCCCCAGGACAGAGCUGUGAUAGAGGGACAGACAGUGGAUUUCCAGUGCGAGGCAGAGGGCUACCCGCACCCCGUCAUCGCCUGGACAAAAGGAGGGAGCCAGCUCUCUGUGGACAGGAGGCACCUCGUCCUGUCCUCGGGAACGCUCAGGAUCUCUGGUGUCGCCCUCCACGACCAGGGCCAGUAUGAGUGCCAGGCUGUCAACAUCAUUGGCUCCCAGAGGGUCAUGGCCCACCUGACGGUACAGCCCAGAGUCACCCCGGUGUUUGCCAGCAUCCCAAGCGACAUGACGGUGGAGGUGGGCACCAACGUGCAGCUGCCGUGCAGCUCCCAGGGGGAGCCUGAGCCCAUCAUCACCUGGAACAAGGAUGGGGUCCAGGUGACGGAAAGUGGAAAGUUCCACAUCAGCCCUGAGGGAUUCUUGACCAUCCACGACGUGGGGACCGCGGACGCAGGCCGCUACGAGUGUGUGGCCCGCAACACCAUCGGGCAGGCCUCGGUCAGCACGGUGCUUAGCGUGAGCGUGCCUGAUGUCAGCCGAAACGGGGAUCCGUUUGUGGCCACAUCAAUCGUUGAAGCAAUCGCGACUGUGGACAGGGCCAUAAACUCCACCCGAACACACUUGUUUGACAGCCGCCCUCGUUCUCCCAACGACCUGCUGGCCCUGUUCCGGUACCCGCGGGACCCCUACACGGUGGAGCAGGCACGCGCGGGAGAGAUCUUCGAGCGGACCCUGCAGCUGAUCCAGGAGCAUGUGCAGCACGGCCUGCUGGUCGACCUGAACGGAACGAGUUACCACUACAACGACCUGGUGUCCCCGCAGUACCUGGGCCUGAUCGCCAACCUGUCGGGCUGCACGGCGCACCGGCGCAGGAACAACUGCUCGGACAUGUGCUUCCACCGGAAGUACCGGACCCCGGAUGGCACCUGCAACAACCUGCAGCACCCCAUGUGGGGCGCCUCGAUGACCGCCUUCGAGCGCCUGCUGACAGCCGUGUACGAAAACGGGCUUAACACCCCCCGCGGCAUUGCGCCAGGUCGGCUGUACCACGGGCACCCCCUGCCCAUGCCGCGCCUGGUGUCCACUGCACUGAUCGGCACCGAGACUGUGACACCCGACGCGCAGUUCACACACAUGCUGAUGCAGUGGGGCCAGUUCCUGGACCACGACCUGGACUCCACCGUGGUGGCCCUGAGCCAGGCCCGCUUCUCCGACGGGCAGCCUUGCAGCACUGUGUGCAGCAAUGACCCCCCGUGCUUCUCGGUGGCCAUCCCCACCCACGACCCCCGCGCCAGGAGCGGUGCGCGCUGCAUGUUCUUUGUGCGCUCCAGCCCCGUGUGCGGCAGCGGCAUGACAUCGCUGCUCAUGAACUCCGUGUACCCCCGGGAGCAGAUCAAUCAGCUCACCUCCUACAUCGACGCAUCCAACGUGUACGGCAGCACAGACCAUGAGGCCCGCGCCAUCCGGGACCUGGCCAGCCACCGGGGGCUCCUGAGGCAGGGCAUCGUGCAGCGGUCGGGGAAGCCCCUGCUGCCCUUCGCCACCGGGCCGCCCACGGAGUGCAUGCGCGACGAGAGCGAGAGCCCCAUCCCCUGCUUCCUGGCCGGCGACCACCGCGCCAACGAGCAGCUGGGCCUGACCAGCAUGCACACGCUCUGGUUCCGUGAGCACAACCGCGUGGCCACCGAGCUGCUGUCCCUCAACCCGCACUGGGACGGCGACACCAUUUACCACGAGGCGCGGAAGAUUGUGGGCGCACAAAUGCAGCACGUCACUUACCAGCACUGGCUGCCCAAGGUGCUGGGUGAAGCGGGCAUGAGGAUGCUGGGCGAGUACCGGGGCUACGAGCCGGGCAUCAACGCUGGCAUCUUCAACGCCUUCGCUACGGCCGCCUUCCGGUUUGGCCACACGCUGAUCAACCCCGUGCUGCACCGGCUGGACGAGAAUUUCGAGCCCGUCGCCCAGGGCCACAUCCCGCUGCACAAAGCCUUCUUCUCGCCCUUCCGGAUCGUGAACGAGGGUGGCAUCGACCCGAUCCUCAGGGGCCUGUUCGGCGUGGCCGGGAAGAUGCGCGUGCCCUCCCAGCCGCUGAACACGGAGCUCACAGAGCGGCUCUUCUCGAUGGCGCACACGGUGGCUCUGGACCUGGCCGCCAUCAACAUCCAACGGGGCCGGGACCACGGCAUCCCCCCCUACCACGACUACCGGGUCUACUGCAACCUGUCGUCCGCCCACACCUUUGACGACCUGACAAAUGAGAUCAAGAGCCCCGAGAUCCGGGAGAAGCUGAGACGGCUCUAUGGGUCACCACUCAACAUCGACCUGUUCCCUGCACUCGUGGUGGAAGACCUGGUGCCUGGCAGCCGGCUGGGACCCACCCUGAUGUGCCUGCUGAGUACGCAGUUCAAGCGCUUACGUGCUGGGGACAGGUUGUGGUAUGAGAAUCCGGGGGUGUUUUCCCCCGCGCAGCUGACGCAGAUCAAGCAGACGUCCCUGGCCAGGAUCCUGUGUGACAACGCAGACAACAUCACACGUGUGCAGAGGGACGUGUUCAGAGUGGCCGAGUUCCCCCACGGGUAUGGCAGCUGUGAUGAUGUGCCCAGAGUGGACCUACGGGUGUGGCAGGACUGCUGUGAAGACUGCAGGGCCAGGGCGCAGUUCGGUGCGUUUUCAGAUCAUUUCCGAAGCAAGCGGUCCCUUGAGUUCAGCUACCAGGAAGACGUGCCCGCUGAGAAGGCCGGACCUGAGGAGUCCCUGAGAGCUGGCAAACUGAGUGAGCAUCUGCACAACACCACGACUGCUGCCCAUGAGCGCCCACAACCACCAGGGGCAAAUGACUUCAAGGACUUCGUUCUGGAAAUGCGGAGGACCAUCACAGACCUCAGAACACAGAUAAAGAAACUCGAGUCGCUGCUCAGUGCCACAGAGUGCGCGGACACGGACGGUGAGCCCCACGCUGACGGCACCACGUGGAAACGAGACACAUGUACCACCUGUGAAUGCCAUGGUGGGCAGAUCACCUGCUUUGUGGAAGCGUGCCAGCCUGCUGCUUGCCCAGCACCCGUGAGGGUCAGUGGAGUCUGUUGUCCAGUCUGCCAAAGGGAUGCCCCAGGAAGCCAGCCUUAAACUCUCUGACGCCGCCCGGAGGCCCACGCUGGUCCUCACAUCUCUGGCCGGCGCAGGAGUGCGGGCCGGACGCCGCGGCCUCGGGACGCCACGACCACGGCCACAGCCACGAAGCUGACUCAGCAGUGGUGCAGGGCCUCAGACCACAGUGUUCGCGGAGCAGAGACCACGGAGCAGAUUCGUGUCCUAACUUCAUGUUACAUUCUCAGGUUCUUAUUUAAUUUUUUAAAAAUGAGAAAUUGGUGCUACUAUUAAAUUGCACAGUUAAAUCAUUUAGGCUUCUAAGUAGAUUUCCCCAAUAUCACCGUUUGCUCUCAACUAAAAGGUAAUCCCACUGGUUCUGAUACCUGGAGCUUGCAGACACCUUGCCCACAGGUGGGGUGCGUAACGGGCCGCAGGAUGCAGGCACGCACAUUUAAAAAGAGAAUCAGCAUUUGCAAACGGAUGGUCUCCUCUUAAGAAUGUCCGGGCGACAUGUGUCAGUGUGAUCACAGGCUCAUGUCUGCCUGUGUGGCACAUGACGCCAUCCCCUCCUCUGGGUCCUCUGUGACUUCACUGCAUCAGCGUUUAGGGAGAGCGCUCGCCGUGUGAGCAGGCCCACGACCUGCGACCCUCAGUGCCUUCAUGUGUGGCCGUAAGCACACCACAGUGGACGGGCUGUUCUCGUUGGUUGAGUCAUUGCGUACGUAGUGCCUGGUUGUGACCAAUCGCGAGCUCCUCACUCCGGUUGAACGACAGCUGCCGAAUGCCACGUGCCUCGCGGGCUCCGCUCAGCCUGUGGUGGCCCUGUUCCUGGCGCGCGGGCACAUCACGACCCUGCAGAUCCUUGCGAGGGAGGAGUUCAGUGGCAGGAAUGUGCUGGCUUUCGUGUGAGUGUGUUAAAGAAAAAGCAGUCAAUCCCUGUACGUGUUUUGUAUUUUCAAAAGGUGUGAUGUCUUAGGAAAUUUUGCCCACAUUUUAGGUGUUUAUUAGGUAUGGCAGAAAAAUCAUUUCCACUGUGUAAAAGUUCUCCUAGAGCUCAGUGAAAAGCUACUGUCAUACCUCGUGGUCUCUUUCUUUUUAAUUGACCCAAAACCUGAAAAUUGUGGCCUUAGACAUAGGAGUCCAGUUGAGCAGACAUUUCUGGGGUUCCCGCCGUGUGCUGGGCCCACCCUGCUCUUCCUUGGGAAGGCCCGUGAAGUCACAGGCUGUUUGAGUGCACGUGAGGGCCUGCCCCAAAUCGGUGGCUGUGUUGCAACCAUCACCCAGGGUCAGCAGAAGGCACGUCCCCUGGCACCCUCUAGCACGUAGUGGGCAGUUUUCAAAGCCUGGCUUUAGUCCAACAUGAGCAUCCUUCCAGAGGCAGGGGGCCCCGGUACUCUGGGCGCUGGGCCACCCCAUCUGUGGGGACGUGGUUGACAUUCCAGCCGUGGGGAUACUCACAGCUGCAUCAGACAUGGUCAGUGCAGCUUAUCUCAGGUCACUAAGUGAGAGAGAGAAGCUGGUGGUGUUUCAUGGGGCCUGGAGCUUCUUUUGAAAUAGCACAGUUAAUAACCACACCUUGGAGCUGGUUUCUGUGAACUAGAAGAUGGGUAACUGUCUGCAGGUUGGAUGGUUGAUGUUCUGGGGUGUGGACAUCAGCGUGACGGGCUGGGUCAUUGAUGGCCCAGGUGUGAAGUGACAGCAGACCCCACGUCCUGUGUUUGAGGUCUAUAGGCACCUCGGAGUUUGUGGCGUCAUUGCAGAAGCCAGACAAGGUGACACGUGUGGAGGGGGUGGCGUCUGAUUCACAGUGAGAGCCUGUGACUGCAGGGGAGGUGUCUGGCCAACCGGCCGUGCAGCUCACACGGAAUAGGAAUAGAGGGCAGGCCUGAUGUGAUGGGAAGCCAAGUGUAUAUGUUUAUUUACUUUCCUAACUGUUGCCCGCAGCCAGGUGCCUUCUUUACGUUCACUGUAAUCAGCACGUUACCAAAGAUGAGUUUGCACUAUGUAAUGACACCUUCAGUCCAAAUAAACGGCCGUUUCAGCGGA